UGGAAAUUCCGUUUAGCUUUACUUUAGUGGUGCAAUACCGAUCGGACUUAAAAUUGAGUGGGAACAGACAUCGGUUCAGGCUGAGAGGGAGAAGCGAUGAGUUGUUUUGUAGUUCCCUAAUGACUUUACUGUCCCUAAAAAUACAUUUUAAUCAUUUAGUAAAGCAUUCGCAUUACAACUCCUCCUAUAAAAGUCUAAGUACAUUUUUUUGUACUGCUUUAAGAUAUGAAAACUGGUUCAGACGGACGAACCAGAUAAAGGAACGUUAACGGCGACCCAUCAGAUAUAUGGUAGUUAUGGUGGCUUGGGGCUGAUCAUGAGCUUGUCAAUGUUGCCAAUGGCCGUUCCAGAGACAGAUGACGUUUGGUCACCGGCCACAGUGAGAACGGGACUGGAAAAAGUACGGGAACUCGGACAGCAAGUGAGAAACCGGACGAUCGCGAAAGUACCCACACUUCAGCAGUUGAACUCACUGAAAGAUGUGUUGGUCAACACGUACAGUCGAGAAAAAAACUCUGUUGUCUUGAAGUUUCUAAUGUCAAUGUUUGUUUUCAUAACAUUUGUGACAAUACCGUUAACUGCCAUUUAUUUUUUCGACCCGGAGUUUUUCUUCACAAAUCAAGACAAUAGCUGUUUUUUAGUAGCCAAACUGCAUGCUUCCAAUGGAGUUGACAGGUCUGUUAGAUUAGAAUGGGAAAAGCCGGAAAUAGAAGCCUUCAGGUACGAAGUUGUAAUCUCGUCAGAUAUCUCAGCCGGCCAAGUCAUGGAAGUAGACGGCUGGACAAAGUCUUCUGUUAUCAUCGAAAGGCUGACCCCUGGUGUCCACUACUCUUUUUGUGUGAUAUCAAUUGUCACUGUUGAAGAUGGACUGGAAAUCAAACGGAGUUCUGAGACUAUCAGCAUCAUAACAAGGCCAUCACCACCUGAUUCAAUGACCGCGCACAGGAUUCAUGUACUCGGAGAACGUAGUGUAGAGCUGAGUUGGGAAGCAUUAACAGGACAAGUUGAUGGUUACAGUGUGGUGCUGAAGGACUGCAUGGAGGAUGUGGUUGCCGAGGAGACCACCAAGUCAACACGCCUGUUCAUAUCACUCGGCAACCAUAGGAUUUCAGCAGCUUAUUUUGUGGAGAUUCGUUCAUUGUCACAUGGGGAGAGAAGUGACCCGCUUACAGAGAUUAUACAAGUGGAAGAAAUUGAUUUAAGGAUUGAAGAACUACAUGCGACAAUGCAGGACACUAAGUCUGUAACUCUGAAGUGGAAACAUCCAGUUUACGGUCCAGCUGACAGCUAUGUAGUACAACGGGCUCUGGAACAUUCAAAUCAAUUCAAUGUCAUCGAUACUGUGGACUCGGACAGGACUGGGAUUUCCGUCACGGGGCUGACGCCUGGAAAAACAUAUAAAUUCAGGGUGGCAUCUGUCUUUCUAGAUAUGAUGGAGUGUGGACUAGAGACGAGGGUUCUUUCACAGGAUAUCUCGGUAACAACAAAGCCGUUAAGUCCAGAUUCAUUAAGCUCGUACAGGAUUGAAAAUGGACAUGCAAAACUGAAGUGGAGGGCACCACGAGGACAAGUUGAUGGUUACAGUGUGGUGCUGAAGAACUGCAUGGAGGAUGUGGUUGCCGAGGAGACCACCAUGUCAACACACCUGUCCAUAUCACUCGGCAACCAUAGGAUUUCAGCAGCUUAUUUUGUGGAGAUUCGUUCAUUGUCACAUGGGGAGAGAAGUGACCCGCUUACGGAGAUUUUACAAGUGGAAGAAUUAGUUCUGAUCAUUCAAGACUUGCAUGCCACAAUGCAGGACAGUAAGUCUGUGACAUUGGAGUGGAAACAUCCAGUUUAUGGUCCAGUUGACAGCUAUGAGGUACAGUGGGCGCUGCAAUAUUCUGACCAACUUAAUAUCAUUGCUGCAGACUCGGGCAGGACUUGGAUUACCAUCAAGGAUUUGACACCAGCGAAAACAUAUAUAUUCAGAGUGGCAUCAGUUUUACCAAGGGAGUGUGGACAGGAGAACAAAUUUUUAUCACAGGAAAUCUCUUUUACAUUGGGUAAGCUGCUUUUUGACUCAUUUGCUCAAAGGGCAAGUGAGAUAACAGGCCAUGGUGUAGUGUUGGUCAUAUGUACAUCUGUCCAUUCGUCCAUCUAA